AUGCCGAUAAGCUUACGGCAGGGCCUGGACCGUGAUGUCUACCAAAUCGUACGAAAGUACGAAGACGAUUCGAAUGGCUCCAAAUUAACGAUCAGUGGUGUGUACGAGUUUAUCCAGCGGUCCAACUCGAGCCUGAAGAGGCAAAAGAAACGCAUUUUAGAGGACUCGAUUGAGAGGGUCAUCGAUGUGCGGCGGGAGGAAUCCAAGGUCGACAAGGACUCGGAUGAGGAGCUCGAGCGGGAGAUCCAGGCACAGGAGAGCCGUGCCAAACGCUCGAGGGAGGAGAAAGAUGCGGGGCUGCUGAACAGGCAGCUCACGAAGCACUGGAACUUCAAGGGCUCGGAGGCCAAGGCGACAGGCUCGGCCGCCUCAUCCACGGGGAGGCGGACGCCGGGCGGCGCGGAGGCCAUGGACGCGGACACGCCCACAGUAGACCGCCAGGCAAACGGCGAGGCCAAGCCGAAGCGGAGGCGCAGGGAUCCCAAGGAGGUCGACCGCUCGCCGCCCCAGGACAUCAGCCUCGACGACCUGGCGGGCGUCGACGGCGUCAUCGACAGGCUCAAGGGCCCCGUGUGGAUCCCGCUCCUGCGCGGGGACGACCUCGCCGAGCUGGGGUACCGGCCCAGCGACGGCGUGCUGCUCCACGGGCCCUCGGGCUGCGGCAAGACGACGCUCGCGCACGCGCUGGCCGCCGACCUCGAGGUCGCCUUCAUCCCCGUGUCUGCGCCAAGCCUCGUCGGCGGCACCAGCGGCGAGAGCGAGAAGAACAUCCGCGACAUCUUCGACGAGGCGAUGCGCCUCGCGCCGAGCCUCGUCUUCUUUGACGAGCUCGACUCGAUCGCGGGCAAGAGGGACAAUGCGCAGAAGGCGAUGGAGGGCAGGAUCGUGGCCGAGAUUUGCAACGGCAUGGACAAGAUCGGGCGUCCCGGGAGGUCGGACGAGGGCAGCGACAGGCCCGGCAACGUGGUCGUUCUUGCUGCCACCAACCGGCCCGAGAGCAUCGACCCCGUGGUGCGGAGGCGGUUUGGCGUCGAGGUCGAUAUCGGGAUGCCCAACGAGCCGGCGAGGGAGAAGAUCCUGCGGACCAUGACGCGGGACCUGGCGCUGGGCGGCGACGUGGACUUUUCGGCGCUCGCACGGCUGACGCCCGGCUAUGUCGGGGCCGAUCUGAAGCAUGUCGUAUCCGCCGCGGUGUUCAAGAGCAUCCAGGCGCGGACAGACCUGCAGUCAGAGAUAUUCGUCGAGCAGAUCCCCACGACAGACGGUGAAAUGGUAGAGCUCCUGAAAUCCUGGAAGGCACAAGACGAAGCGGGGACCCGGUCGGCCAAGUCGGAAAUCCGCAUCAUGAAAGCUUCCAACACCAUGUACAGCGGGCCGUUGGGCAUCACACAGGCGGACUUCAAGGCGGCUGUGUCGACCGUGCAACCAGCCGCCAAGCGAGAGGGCUUCAGCGCCAUCCCCGACACGACCUGGCAGCACGUCGGAGCGCUGGGCGAGGUGCGCAAGAAGCUCGAGAUGACCAUCAUCGGCCCCAUCAAAUACCCGGAGCGCUUUGCCCGCGUGGGCAUCAAGUCAGGGGCGGGGAUCCUCCUCUGGGGCCCGCCGGGCUGCGGCAAGACGCUGGUGGCCAAGGCGGUGGCGAACGAGUCCAAGGCCAACUUCAUCUCGAUCAAGGGCCCGGAGCUGCUCAACAAGUACGUGGGCGAGUCGGAGCGGGCGGUGCGGCAGCUGUUCGCGCGGGCCAAGAGCAGCGCGCCGUGCAUCCUGUUCUUCGACGAGAUGGACGCCCUGGUGCCCAAGCGCGACGACUCGCUCUCGGACGCGAGCUCGCGCGUCGUCAACGCGCUGCUGACGGAGCUGGACGGCGUCGGCGACCGCAGCGGCAUCUACGUCGUCGGCGCCACCAACCGCCCGGACUGCAUCGACCCGGCCAUCCGGCGGCCGGGGCGUCUCGGCACCAGCGUCUUCGUGGGCUUGCCCACGGCCGACGAGAGGGUCGACAUCCUGCGCACCAUCUACUGGAACACCAUCAUCUCGACCAAGGAGGACAGGCGCGCCGCCGACGAGCGUCUGGGCGCCAUCGCCCUGGACGAGCGCUGCAAGGGCUUCUCGGGCGCCGACCUGGGCAACCUGAUGCAGGCGGCCGCCCAGGCCAGUCUGGAGAGGACCUACUAUCACGGCGGCGGCGACAUCAGCGAGGACACGGGCGCGGACUCGGAGAUCACGCCGGGUGACUGGGAGAAGGCGCUCAACGAGGUCAAGCCCAGUGUCAAGAAUGACGGAAGAUAUGACCCCAGGCAGUUCGAGAAAGUUAUGUAG